AUGUCUGCGAACCAAGUACAAGAAGGCGACAAAGUUUCCUGGAAUUGGGGAAGUGGCCAACCAUCCGGAACUGCUAUUGAAGUUAAGGCUGGCGAUGUGACUGUCGUCUCUAACCGUGGUAACGAGAUCACCAAGCAUGGCGAAGAAGGAAACCCUGCGGUGCACAUUGAGCGUCCUGGCAAUGAUGUUGUCAAGAAGGCAAGCGAGCUGAAUGUCGAAAGCCACGGACCUCAAUCCAAUGGCACAAACUCAGAGCCCAAGAAAGACAACGAGAAGAAAGAAGAUAAGCAGCAGGAGGAAGAGAAAAAAGAUGACAAAAUGCCUGAGGAGAAGAAGCCCGAAGAGAAGAAAGAAGAAGAAAAGAAGGACGAGAGCUCGGAAGCUCAAGCUGGUGAUAAGAGAAAGGCAGACGAGAAAGUCGAUGCUAAUGAUGAGAAGAAGGACGAAGCAGACAAAUCCGGGGAAGAUUCGAAGAAGCAGAAAACAAGCAAUGGAACUGCAGCCCCGGCAACAAACGUGAAUGGAGAGAAAGAGAAGAAAAAGCCAGGUCGCCCUAAGGCAAACGGUGACAAGAAGCCCGCCAAAGAGAAGAAGGUUCCUGCCACUGGACGGGCUGAGAGAAAGACCAGAAGCCAGAGCAAGGCUGAAUAG